UACAUAUAUACAUAUACACAAACAUAUACACAUAAAUAAAACCCCAUCAAAAAUUCAAAGAAUUCACCACCCCUAUUAUUAUUUUUCUCUCUGUUUAUAUUUUUAAUUUAUUUUUUGUGUUAUCUGAGGUGUUGUAAUUGGUGUUUGAGAAAAAGAGAGAAAAGUAUGAUGGGUGAGUCAGCUAUUAUGAGUGGCGGUGGUGAAGGUGGAGAUGCAGUGGCGGUCACCGGAAGUCAUAACAUGACGGCGGAAGUGGUCUCAGGUGGUGGAGUUGGAUCAAAUUCAGGGAGUGAUAUUGAGAGAGGUAGAAUUGAAGAAGGUGAACGUAGCUUCGGGGGUAACCGGUGGCCGCGACAAGAAACUUUGGCGCUUUUAAGGAUACGAUCUGAUAUGGACAUAACUUUUCGAGAUGCAAGUGUUAAAGGUCCCUUGUGGGAUGAAGUUUCAAGGAAACUAGCAGAACUUGGGUAUAAUAGAAGUGCCAAAAAAUGCAAAGAGAAAUUUGAAAAUGUUUACAAGUACCACAAGAGAACCAAAGACGGUCGAGGUGGAAAAUCAGAUGGGAAAACUUAUCGAUUUUUUGAUCAAUUAGAAGCCCUUGAUCAUAUUCACAACCACCCUUCAACUCAUCAACCACAAAACCUAUUAAAACAACCACAGUCAACACCAACACUAUCGCAAGUUAUUACAACUUCAAUAACAGAAACAGCAACAAUGCCACAAGUGGUUAACACCACACUGAGUAUGCCUCAUGCAACUGUUCCAUCAAUUUCCAUGCCUCAAAACAAUAUUGUAACUACUCAAGCAAUGAAUGUGAACAUCACUACUAUACCUUCCAAUCCUUCAACUAGCUUCCAACCAUCAACAACAAAUCCUCCUCAAUCACUUUCUUUCCCUAACAUUCCUACCGAUCUAUUAUCUAAUUCGAUGGUGAGCUCUUACUCAACCUCUUCGGAUGACACAAUGGAAGGGACGCAGAAGAGGAAACGCAAAUGGAAGGACUUUUUUGAGAAACUAAUGAAGGAAGUGAUUGAGAAGCAAGAACAGUUACAUAAGAGAUUCUUAGAAGCCAUUGAGAAACGUGAACAUGACCGAAUGGUUAGAGAAGAAGCAUGGAGAGCACAAGAGAUGCAAAGAAUUAAUAGAGAGAGGGAAAUUCUUGCACAAGAAAGAUCUAUAACUGCAGCAAAAGACGCUGCAGUUAUGUCUCUCUUACAAAAAAUUGCUCAACAACCAAAUCUUGGACAUGCAUUGAAUAACAUCAAUGUUGCACAACCACUACCACCACAACAAUCGCCACAACAACAACCACCACCAAGUAAAGCACCAACAUCGACACCAGCACCAACACUAGUGGCACAAGUAAUUAAUGCUCCACCGCCAGUGCAACCACCACCGGUUACUCCGUCGGGCCCACCAAUGGUCCAACAGCAGCAACAAAUAGCGAAAAACAUGGAAAUAGUAAAAUUUGAUAAUAAUGGAGAUAAUUCAAUUGGAGCAAGUUCAUCAAGGUGGCCAAAAGUGGAAGUUCAAGCAUUGAUAAAUCUGAGAACGGAGCUAGACAAUAAGUACCAAGAGAAUGGACCAAAAGGGCCACUAUGGGAAGAAAUAUCUUCAGCAAUGAAGAACCUUGGAUACAAUAGGAACCCAAAAAGGUGCAAAGAAAAAUGGGAGAACAUAAACAAGUACUUCAAGAAAGUGAAGGAAAGUAACAAGAAGAGACCCGAAGAUUCCAAGACAUGUCCUUAUUUUCACCAGUUGGAUGCUUUAUAUAAGGAGAAAAACAAGGCGGAAAAUUCCGGUGGUGGUUCAAGCCAGCCGACUAAUGCGGAGAGUAUGGUGGCACCGUUAAUGGUUCAGCCGGAGCAACAAUGGCCACCUCAACAGGAAGGAGAUCCAAUGGAGCGGAACCGCAGAGACGAAGAAGAUGAUAUGGAUGAAGAUGAUAAAGAUGGUGAAGAAGAAGACGACGAAGAGAUGGAUGAAGGUGGUGGUGGUGGUAGUAAUUUUGAAAUAGUGGCUAACAAGCCUUCAGUGGGUGCAUAAUAGUGAGUGAGAAUUAUGAGAAUGGAGCAGUUGCAAAAAAGGCCCAAAAGAACAUUAAGAAAAAAAGAGUUUGUUUGGUGGGUCAGAGAGAAUGCAGGAGUUGUCGGAGAACGAUGGUGGUGGUGGCGGUGGCAGAGAAAGAGAAAGUUUCUUUUGUGUUUGUGUGGAAGAAUUUGAAUAUACGUGUACGGUGUGGAAUGACACAUGGGUUAAUUUUGAAGAGGGAAAUUUGGUAGAGGGGUUGGUUCGUACUUUUGUUGUAGCAAAAAAAAUAGCCAAUAAGAUUAUAUGUUUUUUUUUUCUUUUUCAAUUUUAUAAAAUUUGUUUAUUUUUUUGGGGUGAUUAAAUAAGUCCAAUCAAAGAGGAAUUUUAAAAGUUCAGGUUUCAAAAUAAGGAAAAUAGACAGACCUUAAUUAAGGUUGUAGUUUUUAGUUAUUUAUCUUGUUUUAUGUUUAUGGUUGUGUAAAUUGGAGAAGAUUAUUUGGGAUUUUGCUAUUUCUUUUUUCCUUU